GUAGUUUCGGAUAGAAGGAAGGAACAUUAGGAUAGACUUGGGAUUUAAGCCGGUGUCUGCACAAGGACUACUGAUUGAAUUGACACAGCACGCGGGCUACACAAUUUAUAGUAGUAGACUUCCUGGACAUCUUUUUUUUUUUUUUUGGACAAAUAUAAACUAUUUAAUAAAUCACUCUAUACAUGCCAAAACUAGGAAACAUUGUGGGGGAUUCUGAGACAUUGUCGCGAAACUUUGAGGUUUUCGCCACAAUAAUUGGCUAUCGAAUGGACCAGCAUCCGAGCGCCCGGAGCUGCAGCACUCGCGGAGCUGCGCCGUCCUGUGAGAGCGUCACCGGUGAGCCCCCCAUGAAUUUGUACAUCCACUCCACCACCGGCACACGCUUCGAGCUCUCCCUUCCCGUAGAAGAGACCGUGGAAGGACUAAAAAGAAGACUUUCUCAAAAACUGAAAGUGCCCAAAGAAAGGCUCGCUCUGCUGCACAAAGAAACACGCCUGAGUUCAGGAAAGCUUCAAGAUUGGGGUAUAACCGAUAGGAGCAAGUUAACGCUGGUUCCAACAGUUGAAGCAGGCCUAAUGUCUCAAGCAUCAAGACCCGAGCAGUCAGUAAUGCAGGCACUGGAGAGCUUGACCGAAAAACAGGUCAGUGACUUCCUGUCUGGCCGGUCUCCUUUAACCCUGGCUCUGCGAGUAGGCGAUCAUAUGAUGUUUGUCCAACUGCAGUUGGCAGCGCAGCAUGUGGGUGGCCCGCAGUUACAGCAUCGGCAUCUCGUAUCACAUGGGAGUUCAGAGGGCACAACAGGACACUCGCAUGGAGCUUCUAGCUCUGCCUCUGGGUCGGCCAGGGUUUCACACAACAACCACCAUCACCCACACCCAAACCCUCACCAUCUCAACACAACACUCCCAUCCAACCCAACAGCCUUUCCACCAUCCACUAUUCCCUCAGUUCCUGUAUAUCCCACCUCUGCCUCAGAGCACUGUAGCCCUCCACCACACCCCUCACCACUCCCAGGCAGCAUUCUUCACAACAAGCAGCCAUCUUCAGCUUGUUCGACCUCUCCAAGCAAUCUCAGCCCUGCAACUUCCUGUCCAGAGGCUAACUGCCCUGCAAAGACACCUGGCAACUGUAACACUCCCUCACGGUCCCGCAAACCUGGUGCUAUCAUUGAAAGUUUUGUGAACCAUGCUCCAGGAGUCUUUUCUGGGACAUUUUCAGGCACUUUACAUCCCAAUUGUCAGGACAGCACUGGGCGUCCCCGUCGGGACAUCGGCACCAUCCUUCAAAUUUUGAAUGACCUUCUGAGUGCCACCCGGCACUACCAGGGCAUGCCUCCAUCACUCACGCAGCUCCGCUAUCAGACCCAGUGCAGCAGCCCCAGCUCUCCAGCACCCUCACCUCCUCCCUCACCCCCCAACACCCCGGGUCUGUCUGGCCUGCCCACCACGGUACCCUCUGUCACCCAGCCUACCCUCCACCCACUGGUGCAGUGCCAGAGCCAGAUCCGCAUGUGCAAACCUCCAGGUGACCGGCUGCGUCAGACAGAGAACCGGGCCACACGCUGCAAGGUGGAACGCCUGCAGCUGCUAAUGCAACAGAAGCGUCUGCGCAGGAAGGCCCGGCGAGACUCUCGUGCCCCGUACCACUGGCUACCCAACCGUAAGGCCGGACGCAGCAACAGUAACAGCAGUAUGUCCAGUGAAGGUUCCCUGGACUUGGACUUUGAGGACUCCGUGUGGAAGCCCGAUGUCAAGGCUGACAUGAAAUCAGAAUUCAUCAUGGCCUGAAGCAGAAGAGAUUUCGCCAUCUACAUUGAGAUUGGAAAUUGGCAUAUAGGAUCCGGGCUUACACUUUAGAGAGGAGUAUUUGAGGACGCAUUCAGAAUCGUGUAGGCUUCUCAUCUAUUUUGUGACCACAAAGACAUUACACAAAGGAAGUUUCACUGACUUUUUAUCUUACGUCAUUGAUAGACUACGAUCUUGGAACAGACUGAAUUUUCAAAUUGUGAUGUUUGGAUAUGUAUUGAACUGAUGAAUAGACAAUUUGGACUCAAGACAGUCCAAGAAGUAAACAAAAAUGAGCAUAGCAGACGUCAUCGGUGUUGGGAUGUUUUUCUCUUUUCCUUUUUUUUUUUUUUUUUUUUCCUUAAGGGGAAAGUAGGUGGAAAUACAUACAGGCCAAGUACAGGCACGAUGAACAGACAAAUCAUAUACUGAUCCUUUUUUUUUGUUGUUGUUCCAAAUGGGCAUUCAUUUGAAAGGGGUUAUCUUUUGUUUUUCUUUCCUGUUUUUCUUGAAUCAUGAUGAUUUCUGAAAAAAAUAUGUAGCAUUACCCACGAAGCAUUCAGGUUUUUAUCUUGUUGAUGAGGAAGGUUCAUUUGCACACACCUGUGGUUUGAAAUGGACAGUAUCAAAACAUAACCAAGAGAUGGCACAGUGCAUGUUUAGUAUAUAUACAAAUAUAAAAAAAAACCUCUCUCAACAACAGCUCAGUGUAGAGUCAGAGGUUUGAAGUAGGAAACUAAAACAUGAAACAAGACAAUAAUAUGCUGUUGUGAAUGAAGAUGUGAUUCAAGGCUUGUAAAGUCAGUUGUUAAGUAUAUAUAAAGAAUUACAUUUUAUACCUCCAGAUAAAAAAAAAAAGUAAACAACAGUUUCUCAUCAAGGCUUCAGUCAAGCUGUGAAUAGAAUCUGAAAACGGAUAUAAUAAUAUAAAUACACACUGUUCCUCUGUCUAAAUGUGUAUAAUAGAGAAAGUGGUGGGGUGCCAGAGGAAUAGUUUACAAAUGUGCAUUAUAAUGGCUAACUCUGCCAAAGUGGAAUCUCUCCUGUAUGCAUAUGACUAAAACAACCUGCUGUUCAAGCGUUUUAUCCGAUUAACUUGAAGUACCAGCAUAUAUACAUACCAACAAAGACGGACUUUCAUAAUUUACUUUCCGAACCCGAAUUACAUUCGUUCUCCUGUGGAAUGCAAAAGUCAGAGCCUCAGUCACUAUUCACUUUCAUUGCAUCUUUUGUCCCCUUACAAUGAAAGUCAGUGGUGGCUGAGGUUGUAAGUCCUUAACAGUCUACAGAAAAAAAAUUGUAAUACGGGUUUGGAACUCUAUCAGGGUAUGUGAUGAUAAAAGUAAAAUUUGAGUGAACUAACCCUUAAACACUUCACAAAUUUCCAAUAAUAUUUUCAUUUAAACAAGACUUUCUCUAUUAUACACAUAUUCGGUAGUUUAGCCAGUCUUUUGCAGUUUACUGUAACUUAUUCAGAACCGAUGUUCAACAGGCCUGUGACCAGAGCGUAUCCCCAUCUUUACAUUCUCAAUAGUGCCUCAUACAUAGAUGCACUGACAUUUUCAAUCAGGCGUUCCACAGACAGACAGUUCUGCUGCUAUAUGGAACUUUUUUUGCAUGCAAAAGUGUAAAUUCCUGAUUUUUUUUUGUAGAAAAUAAUACCAAUACUGAGAAACUGGUGCUGAAAGAUUAGAUAUACAAGCAUGAAUUUGUGAAAAAUUAAAAAAUUGAUAUUUGCCCAGCUGCUCUGGAUUUCUAAUUAAAAACAUGAUGUUACAUAUCAGCCGCAAACCAAAACGGGAAUGGAAUUCUACUUGGUGUACAUUGGAUCAUUCCUGGACUGUGGCAACAAGCUAUAAGGAACAAUGGAACAUUUUCUACUCCCAACAUACAAGGGAUCCACAGAGCAAAACCCCGCUCCCAUCAACCUGUCCAGAUGCGGACUAACAGGGAUGUUGGCAACCAACUUUCGAUCCUAGAAUGACUAUUUGGAAAUAAACAUGAAACCACACCAUGAUUGCACUCGAUGAGUUUGCAAAGAGAUUACCUACCUGAAGGGAACCUUGUCUUUUUUCCUUUUUUUUGUGUUCAAGUGGCCUUAACAUUCAUUCUUGAAACACUUGCAGAGCGGUGGACAACAUAGGGAUGUUUCUGUUUUUGUCCUGCGUUUUAUUAUAUUUUUCAUUGGGCAAUUUUCUGUGUUUAGGAGGUGGAGGCUCUAUAAUGUCAAGGCUUCUGUGCCUUAAAUUGUUGCCCUUUUGAGUGUGUACAAAAAAAAAUCUGAACAAAUUAUUUCCAUUUAUGCUGGUUUUCAAAAUGAAUAGUUCACCCAAAAAUGGAAAUUCUGUCAUCAUUUACUCCCCAUGAGAGAAUUUGGGUGAACUAUCCCUUUAAUGUUAGAGCUCUGGUUCAUGGUAUUGUUUGUUAAAAGUGUUCAGUACUUCCUGGAGGUUGGAGAAAAUGGCUUUCAGGUUCCAUCAGUGUGUUCCGUUUUGUUUGAAUACGUCCCUUGAACCCUACUGUCCUACAAAGAAGCUGAAAAGCAACAAAUUUAAUUGAAAACGGAGGUUUCAACUGCAGUGAUACAGCAACAAAGUGCCCUAUUCUCGAUUGAGGCGUCCUUUAAGGACACGUGACAUCAUGCACUUCCCUUCUUCUCAGACAAACUAUUUCAUUGGACGAUUUCUCCCUUCCCCCUAAAAAAUUAUUUAAUUUUUAUAUAUGUAUGAAAUAUACUCUGUGUGUGCCUCACCUAUAUGUAAAACGGUAACAAUAAAAAAAUAAAACUGAAAAAAAAAAAACCAUAGGAGAUGAUCUGCGUUUUAGGAUGGGGGAAUUGUGGAGGGAGGGGAGGGAAGGGGGCAUUUUCAAUAGUUUGUUGGAGUUCUGAUCACAUCAUUUAAGUUGCCUGUUAUUUCUUGUAGCCAAUGAAAACUGAUUACAAGAGUAAAAAAAAAAACUAUUUACAAUGUUCUAGCUAUAGACCGGUGUAGCACAUGUGUGACUGUAUUAAUUUAUGAAACCAAAUGGUAACUGUGAAAUAUGUAUUUCUUUGUGCAUUUUUUUAAAAGUGGGCAGAUGGCGGAAAAGGGCGUUGGUGUGCCCUGUUUUGUUUUUGUGGAAUAUAAUGGAAAUAAUCAAGUAAAAAAAAAAAAAAUAUCUAAAUAUAUUUUUUUCUUAAGCAAUACAUUUCAGUGUGACUUGUGAUAGGACAUUUUCUUUUUUUUAGGUAAUAAAUUGAAAAAGAAAAAUCUGAUUUUUUUUUUUUUUUUUUUUGUGUGUGUGUGUGUAUGUGUGAAAUUUAUGAUUUACAUUCUCAAACCAUUUUCUAUCUGCAUGAAGC